AGACUUUGGUCUGUCUCAUUCUCAUUCUACUUCUCUAUAUAAGGCUCACAGGUCGAGAGAGAGACAAGAGACACCACAUAAACGAUCAGACAAAAGUUGAUUAGAAAUUUGUCUGAAAAUGGAGAGUAUCGAACAAGAAAUUAACAAUUACUGGGAACCCAGUUCCUUCCUCCCAAACGAAGACUUUGAAUACGACAGCUGGCCUUUGGAGGAAGCCAUUUCUGGGUCGUAUGAUUCGAGUUCGCCUGAUGGGGCGGCUUCGUCGCCGGCUUCAAAGAAUAUUGUGUCGGAGAGAAACAGAAGACAGAAACUUAACCAGAGACUCUUCGCUCUCCGAUCAGUUGUUCCCAAUAUCACUAAGAUGGAUAAAGCAUCAAUAAUCAAAGAUGCUAUUAGUUACAUACAAGGGUUGCAAUAUGAAGAAACGAAACUUGAAGCUGAGAUCAGAGAACUUGAAUCUACUCCAAAGAGUAGUCUGAGUUUCAGUAAAGAUUUUGAUCGUGAUUUACUGGUUCCUGUCACAUCCAAGAAGAUGAAGCAGCUUGAUACUGGUUCUUCCCGUUCUCUCAUCGAAGUUCUCGAUUUGAAGGUAACAUUCAUGAGAGAGAGAACAAUGGUGGUGAAUGUUACAUGUAACAAGAGGACAGACACAAUGGUGAAACUGUGUGAAGUCUUUGAGUCAUUGAAUCUCAAAAUCCUCACUUCCAGUCUCACCUCUUUCUCUGGCAUGAUCUUCAAUACUCUCUUUAUUGAGGUCAGCAUCUCUCUCUUUCUCUCUCUCUCUCUCUCUCUCUCUCUCUCUCUCUCUCUCUCUCUCUCUCUCUCUCUCUCUCUCUCUCUCUCUCUCUAUCUUCAUUUUGGAAUUUAGUUGAUUACUAAUUUCAAGUAAUGAUUGAAAUUAGUCAAGAACUGGAUAGUAGACUUUUCAAGAAAAAGUAAAAGGAAGCAUUCAAUCAUACAUAGAUUACUUUAGCUAACUUUUCUUAAAGCCUCCAUCAUCGAAUGCUAAUUAUGUAAAUCGCACGAUAUAAUGUUUCUCUUGUUUUCUCAAAUAAAUUUACCAUAGUGAAAAUAAGUUUUUUUUUUUGCUUUUGUUUUUUCAAGUUUUCUUAUAGCUUUUGUAAUAUAUUUCCUAAUCUGUGUAAACCGUGCGUCGAAUUUCUUAUUCUAGAUUUUGGAAUAUCAUUCGAUGAUUUUCUGUGGUUUUAAGUCUCUGCUCGUGCCAAAUUAUUUUAGCAUUAAAUGUCUUAUUCGUGAUGCUGGCGAUGAGCGAUUGUGUUAUUACUUUAUUGUUUACCUGAAAUAAUAAAUAUAAAUACUUUUCCAAAAUGCAAAAUUUCUUGAUUUGAUAAACGACAUGGACCUUUUUGGUUGAUUUAAAGCAAGAUUUCAUAGAGUAAACUAAUGAUUAAAUUAGUAGAAAAUAUUCGGCUUAGUCUAUAUUUUGGGUUUGGUCGUCUGGUAUAGUCAACACAUUUUUUUUUGUUGGCCACUUAACGGUGUGGCCUUAUUUGUAAAUUUGGUCAUCAAGUGAAGUGCAUGAUAUUGAAAACUUAAUAAGUUAAUAUAGUAUAUUUUUAAUUUUCGCCGUCAAAACUGUCGAUUGUCAAACAAAAUUCAAUUUUCUUUUGUUUGCCAAUUUAUAUAAAAGUUAUAGUAGUUGAAAGCUUUUAAAAUGUUUGAUGUUUUCUUCUCUAGUAACUAGUGGUAAUACUUCCAAUGUUUCUAAUGGAAAGGUAACUAAGACCAUCUCCAAUCCUGAACCCUAUUGAGGGGUUCAUCAGAUUUUUUUAUUAGUUUUUUUGAGAAUUUUUUUUUGGAUAAACUCUAUGAAAAACUUGGUGUCCAACCCUAAACCUCUUAAAAGAGUUCUUUGGAUUAUUUUAAUAAUUUUUUUAUUAAAUUUUUUUUUCUGAAAAUCAAUUUUACACAUUUAAUAUAUUAUAAUCUGAAAUAAAUUAUUCAUUACAUAUAAAUAAAAUUACAUGAUAAAAAGAUUAAACAAACUUAUUCAUUACAUAUAAUUAAAACACAAGAAAACAAAUUAAUCCAAAUGUCCAAAUUUCUGCCAAACAUGUUCAAGUAAAUCUUUUUGCAAUUUAUCAUGUGUUUCUGAAUGUCGAACUUCUUCGCGAUUGCCUAUCAAAUUUUAAAUUUUUGUAGGCAUAUAUGUAGAAUACGACAUAUCCACCUGAGAACUUCUGUUAACGUCGCCUUGUUCGUAUUGUGUUGUAUCAACUAGAUUAUAUCCAAUGUGUUCGUCUUCCACGAUCAUAUUAUGCAGAAUGAUGCUUGCCCACAUAAUAUUCCCAAUUUUUCUCUUAUCCCAAACAAGAGCUGGGUUUUUUUAUAAUUGCGAAACGAGACUGCAAUACUCAAACCUAAAACCAAGAAUCAGAAUUCAUACGCAUAGACUACUCGUCAAACGAACAGUAAACCCAUAUCAACUACUAACCAUGAAUCAUCCAUUUCAAUCGCAAACCAUAUCAACUAUGAAUCAUCCAAUUCACUCGCAAAUUAGUUCAAGUUGGGGUUUCACAUAUUCGCAAUCAAAAUCGAAAUCAACCCUCAAAGUACACCGAUAGCCCUUUUUCACAAGAAAACUUAAAAACCCCAAUUUUUCCUAAAUCUGCAAACCCUAAAUCGACAAAACCCUAAACUAAUCCAUGCAAUUUCAACCUAAACGAGUACUUCCCGAUCAGACAGACCAUCGCAUGACCUCUAAGACCCGUAAUUAGACCAAAGAUUAAAAAGCCCCAAAUUUCUCUAAAUCGUAUAAACCCUAACUCGACGAGAACGCAAAUAAAAACUCUAUUCAAUUAAAAAAAACCAAGGCUUGGAUAACAUACCUUCGAACU